UGUCAGUGUUAUUCAAUAGUCGGAUUUGUAGGUUAUAAUCGCAUUUAAAUAAUUAAUUGUUACAUUAUUUACUGAAUACCUGCAAAAUCUGCCGAUACUAAAAUGUUUGGAUUGGUCAGAUUAUCAAGAAAUGUGGCACAUUCAAACUUACUAACCCGAAGCUCCAGAUUAUUUAGUACUAUCGACUCCAAAAAUGUUGAUCAGAAUCAAGAGAAAAUACCUGAAAUUCCCGAAAAAGGUGGUUUUGCAAAGGCAUUUGAAAAACAGUCACAAAUUCUGGAUACACAGGAACCUGCAGUCAACCACUCAUUCCCUUCUCUACUACGAAAUUCCAAGUUAAUGGAUUUAGGAGAUCCCUCUGGCAAAGUGGUUGUAGGCAAAAUAUUUCAUGUUGUGGAAGAUGAUUUAUACAUAGACUUUGGAUGGAAGUUCCAUUGCGUGUGUACCCGCCCUACGAACAGGGGUGACGAAUACGUCCGGGGCGCGAGAGUAAGGAUUCAGAUAAAGGACCUGGAGCUAUCAUCUCGUUUCCUGGGAUCAAGCACGGACCUGACACUGUUGGAAGCUGACUGCAAGCUGCUAGGUUUAGUUUCUACACCCUUAAGAGCUACAGUAACUGAGAAACAACAGUGAGGUAAGUAAUCAUCACAGGCUUAUAACCAAGAAUUAUUGUGUAGUUUUAAAAUAGUUGAGUAGAAUAUCAAGUACAAAAUUAUGUAUUUAAUGAUUAGUAAUUUAGUGAAUGAAACAUUGUUAUUUGUUUUUAAGAAUAAUGUUAACUUGUAAUAGACAGAUUACUAAUUUCCAACAUUGGUAUGUCUCAUCUAUCAAGGCAUUUAUUGGCUGUAGGUCUGUGUGGUUUUCUUAAUCUGUAAAUAUACAUAGUUUAGUUAAUACUUGUACAAUAAAUUUAAUUUUUUAAUAGUA